AUGAAACGGCUCACCGGAAAGAAGGCGUGGAGUAACUGCGCAGUGCGAGGACCGACUCCCGUCAGAGUCGGCUUCCCUACUCUUAGCAACCGCCCACCCCUUCAGUUUCACCCCAUGACUUGGGAGACAAUAAUAUCUAAUUACAUUUUGAGGACGUUUAUGAGGAGGAGAACUUUGGAUUACUUUACACUAGACAAUUUAUACUGUAAGUGGAAAAUUGCGAAAAGCAGGCGAUAA